AUGUUAACUACUGCUGAGGAAGAGAACAUAAAGGUUCUUGAGGAAGCCCUGUGUACAUGGAUAUUGCAGAAAUCUAGAGAAAAAGGCGACCGCGCAGGAGUAUCACACACGGACGUUGUUAAAAUUGUUUCCUAUUUUAAGAGUGAGUUACAAAUUGGUAAUUACUUUUGUCUAAAGAAAAAAUGGUUAGAUGAAUUCAAAGAACGCCACAAGGUUUAUAUAAUAACCAACAAAGCUUACAAACCCAUUACGCGACAAUUCCAGCCCGACCAGUUUGUUCAGCAGUUAGGUCUGCAUCCAUCACAGAUUUAUAUUGCAGAUGAAGCGGGUCUUUACUGGCGGUUCAAAUACUCCGAUCCAUUAGAGCCAGAUCUUUUAACAUUUUUAACUUGUGCUAACAUAAGUGGCCUUCACAAGCUCCAACCUUUUGUUAUUGGUAAAAUAAAAAACCCCCCGUCUCUGGAAGGUCUCAAUCCUCCAAUUGUCUAUUCCUCCCAGAAAGAUGGCUUGAUGACAAGGCAACUAUUUUCUAAAUGGUUUAAGUCAUGCUUCGUUCCCGAGGUAGAAAAACGCUUAAGCAGUGAAUUGGAUGGAAGGGCUGUAUUAGUUAUUGAUUCAGCGAUAUAUCAUCCCCAGCCAGGAAAUCUGUUGGUCGACCAUCCAUUAAUUGAAGUGUUAUAUAUUCCAUUGGAACACAAAGCAGAAAAGAGCAGCCAAAAUGUCUUCAACUAUAUCAAACGGAAGUAUAAGGAUGAUUUCCUUAACACAGUUUUAGCACGACCUAUUAAUGUCAAUAAUCUUACGCAAUUUAAUGUGAGAGAUAUGGCAUAUCUUCUAGCUGAUUGCUGGAGUUCUGUACCACAAAGCAUGUUUGGCUCCUGGUGGAAUUUACUUAUAGCUUUAGACGGGUCUUCAUCUGUUGAUUCCCCCACGAAUGAGGAUGUACAGUCUAGUCUAAUAAAUCGGGUGUGUGCCCAAUUUGACGUAAAUCCGGCAAUAAUGAACGCGUGGUACGAAGGAGUUUGUGAGGAUGCACCAAAUUUGCUGACAGAUUACGAAAUACUGCAAAACGCCGUUAAUAUGACACUAGAAGGCGAGGACGAAGAGGAAUCGUCUAGCGCUGCCAGAGUAGGGGCACAUGAAGCGUUCACAGCUUUUGAAUUGUGUUUACGGUGGGCUCAAGAGAAUGGUUAUGCAGCUCCAGAGACUACCGUGCUGCGAGAAAUGAAAGCUAAAGCCCUGAGUGUGAAAGAAAACGAACCUCCAUUGAAAUGUAUUAAAAUAAAAUCUGAGGACGAGGACUCAGAUUCGUCCGAAGAGGUGGUAAUAAUUGAAGGAAUCAAAUCAGAAUUUUUUUAA